UUGUACUGACUACAUUCCAAUGGACCGUUCACUCUGCCUGCGGAGUUAGCAGCCCGUUAGAUUAUUGRCAACAAAUUAUGAAUUUGAUAUGAAAAAGUUUUUGCUUCUUAAAUGUGGUAUGUGUCCAUGUUUUCAAGUCGUGUAGCCCUAAUCAUUGAAACGGAUACCACGGCGCCUCCCACUUGGCGCAUAAAAACGCCUAUUUCUUGCAUCUCAGAGAUAGUAACGUUAAACUCUAACGUUCUCUUAUAUGCCUAUGCUAUUCUGCUUGUGCUUCGGAUUGCCACAUUUGUUAACUACAUUGCUGGGAGGAACCCAGAGUCUCAACACAUCCACCCUUUAAAGGACAUGGAGAAAGGCAAAGGGUAACAUCAUGCGCAGUACUGAGAUGAGAGGGCGACYGAGCAUGUGAAGAUGUCCCUAAAGACGGCUAAAACAUGGUGCUUUAGACUGAUCGCUGUUGUUCUGUUCUUCGUCUCCUACUACUGCUCCCAUGUCUUCCUCCAGAGCUAUGGAGGCAUCAGCAAGUCUCCUCCAACUCCGAGCAAGUCACUGUGCGGUGGCUGGCUAAAGCAGAAGAAGUGGGAGAGCCUCAAUUUUAACAUUAGCAGACAAACACAGCUCUUCUUCAAACUGGAUGAUUUCUUCUGGCGACAUAAUCAGUCCACUCUUGCAUUACCCUACGGUAUUAAAGGCAGUGAGUUGCUGCUGCUGAAGGUUUUAGCCAUUAUUGCCAAUUACAAAAUGCCAGCCAGCAUUGAUAGUCUAGACUGCAGAACGUGUGCAGUCAUAGGAAAUGGGUUUUCCAUUAAAAACAGCUCCUUGGGCGGCAUCAUCAAUGAGUACGACGUGGUGAUCCGGCUAAAUGACGCCCCCGUCAGAGGUUAUGAGGACGACGUGGGGAACAAGACCACUAUGCGUCUCUUCUACCCUGAGUCGGCCUCCUACAACCCCAGCAUGCACAACGACCCCGACACCCUCAUGGUCCUAGUGCCUUUCAAACAGCAGGACCUCCGCUGGCUCAAAGAGAUCCUGUACGACGAGAAGAGGGUGAGGAAGGGUUUCUGGAAGCCCCCUCCACAGAUCUGGCUAGGCAGUACCAGUCGCAUCCGGGUGCUGGACCCUCACUUCCUGCAUGGGACGGCCAGCAGUCUGCUACAAAUCCCCCUUCACCCAAAGAGAAAACAGAAACCAGUACACCCCACCACAGGGGUCCUAGCCGUGUUUGUGGCACUCAACUACUGUGAUGUGGUGCACAUAGCUGGGUUUGGAUAUCCAGCAUCCAAAAACCAGAAGCAUCCUAUACACUACUACGGAUAUGACACUAUGAAAUCCAUGAAGGAUUCCUACCAUGACCUUACCCACGAAGCAGAAGCCUUAAAAAAACUAGAGGAUUCAGGGGCUAUCAUGUACUUACACCCUCACUCCUGACACACAUACUGUACACACAUGGGCACGGUCCAGAAACAGCCCCUAUCCCUUACCUCCUAGGAACUUCAUCAAAAUCUGAAAGGAAUUUUCACUGCACUGCUAAUACCUAUACAUUUUCCUUUAGAUCUACACACAAGCCUAGGUGGUAGAGGCUAGCGUGUGUUUUUGGACUGGGUUACACACUGAUGUCAGUUGUGAACUUGACUCCUCUCUGCUGACAAUAUGGCCCAUACAGUCCAAACAUCAUAAUCACACAUUUUGCCAGUCUUAAUUCACCUCACUCUUAUUGAAAAUAAAUACGUAUUUUCCGAAAGAAAAAAAAUAUUUWAAAAAAAGUUCUGAUUUGUUCUGAUUUA